AUGCGAGAAAAAAUAAAAGAGAUCGAAGGAACAGAGGAGGUGAAUAAAGAUACAGAAAAUAAAAAGGUCGAGGAAGAUAAAAAGGAUAAAAAUGAUAAGCAGGACGAAGCUUCUACAUCGUACUCUCAUUUCGAACAUUUACCAAGAAGAGCAGAACAGGACGGGCAAAGUAUAGAAGACACAAGAGCACAUAUAAUUGAGAUGGAAGAAAUGGCGGUAGGAAUUGAUAAAGGAGCAGACAUGAAAGCGAUGAUGGAUGAAAAAGAUGAAAAGGAGGAAAAUGAGGAAAAUGAAAUGGACGACGAGGAAGACGAAAAGUUUAACGGGAAGAACGCGCGUCAAGCUUAUGAAAAAUUGCGUAAAGUUUACAGUGACGAUGCUCUACAAGAACGCCAGUGCCAAAACUGGUUCAAGAAAUUCCGCGCUGGUGAUUUUAAUCUCAAAGAUGCUACUCGGUCAGGAAGGCCCACCGAGGUUGAUGACGACAAAAUAAAGGCAUUGAUCAAGUCAAACCCACGUUACACGACACGAGAGAUUGCAGAAACAUUGAAGAUCAGUCAAAAAAGUGUCCACCUAAAGAAGCUGGGAUACGUAAGCAAGAUCGAUGUUUGGGUUCCUCAUGAACUCAAAGAAGUUCAUUUGACGGCGCGUAUAAACAUCUGCGAUAUGCUCAUAAAACGUGAAGAAAACGAUCCUUUUUUAAAACAAAUGAUAACUGGCGAUGAGAAGUGGAUUGUUUACAACAAUGUGGAACGCAAACGGUCUUGGUCCCGACGUGAUGAUUCGCUUCAAACAACUUCAAAAGCAGAACUUCAUCAGAGGAAGAUUAUGCUCUCAGUGUGGUGGGAUUGGAAGGGUGUGGUGUUUUUUGAGCCCCUACCAAGGAACCGAACAAUCAAUUCGGAUGUGUACUGUCGGCAAUUGGACAGUUUGAACGAAUCUGUCAUCCAGAAACGUCCGGAGCUUGUCAAUCGUAAAGGAGUUGUGUUCCAUCACGACAACGCGAGACCACACACAUCUUUGGCGACCCGUCAAAAAUUAUUAGAGCUUGCAUGA